AUGACUCAGCACAUUAAACCUUUAUACAUAUCAGCUGAGAUGGAGGGUAAGAGAGUGAACAAAAUCCUCGUCGACGACGGUGCAUCGGUUAGCAUUAUUACAGUGAAAACAGUCGAAUCACUUGGCAUUGCAAAGGAAAAGGUUCUCAGUAGCAAUCUUAAGGUCAGGAGUUUUGCUGAAAUGUUGAUGUGGGAUCCCGCAACUGAUAAGGCAGAGCUAGUGAAAGCAGAUGAUAGACCAUACUCAGUCGCUUCCUGCAUUUUGGAUGCUGAAUACUAUUAUGGGGACAUGAGGCCUUUAGGAGUUGCUGGAAUCGAUACCAAGGGUCGUCCAGUUGGGGUGACUUCUACAGAAUUGACACGAUGGGGUUUAGUACAGGCAGCUUUUGAUAAAAUCAAGGAAUACCUUACUCAUCCACCUGUUCUUAGACCUCCACAGCCUGGAAUACCUUUAAAGCUAUACAUCUCAGCUUCCUCUUACUCAAUAGCAGGACUCUUAGCACAAGAUGAUGAUGGAGAGGGGCUCCGCCAUUACAUGCUGUCCUUUACCACAGUGGUGGUGGCACAAACUGAUUUAGUGAGGUAUUUGCUUACCAGACCUAUGCUUAGGGGUCGGAUUGGCAAGUGGAUUUUGGCGUUAUCAGAGUUUUCUUUACAAUAUACACCUUUAAAGACGCUUACAGGACAUGCAGUGUCCGACUUUUUGUUGCAUCAUCCUAUUAUUGAGGAUAUAGAAGACCAGAACGUGGUUGUUUCCUUUGUCCGCACUCAGCCUUGGGUUCUGUAUUUUGAUGGCAGCAUCACUGAUCAUUUAUCAGGAGCAGGUGUUGCAUUGGUUAGCCCCUCUGGAGCAAGGCAUUGUUAUUCCUUUCAACUAGAAUGUAAGUGCACUAACAAUCAAACAGAAUAUGAAGCAAUCAUCAUUGGACUGGAACUUUUGCUUGAUCUAGAAGUAACAGAGGUGAAAGAGCGAACAUCAGAGUUGUUAGAUCAAUUUGCAGACGUGGUGCUUGAUUAUAUUCCUAGGGAACGAAACUUUGCUGCCAAUGAAUUAGCACAGUUGGCUAAUGGUAUCCGUUUGGCAGAUGGCGUUUGCGAGAGGAUUUUAAAAGUUCAGAGACGCACAUUACCCUCCUUUAUGACAAGGAAAGAAGUUAAAGAUGAAUGGUUGUACCUUACUGAUCCUUCUGCGCCUGUGGACAAGAGGGUUAGAUAUUAUGCUACUAACAAUGUUCUUCGAGGUGAUGAACUAUUGCGUAGGGCGGAAGACGGCUUGUACCUGCGAUGCAUCUAUGGAGCUGAGGCUAAGAGGUGGUUACGAGAGGUUCAUUGUGGUAAUUGUGGUUCACACCAAGCUGGUCCUAAGAUGAGAUGGCUCAUUCGACGAUAUGGUUUCUAUUGGCCUACCAUGCUCAAGGACUACAUCAGCUUUGCACAGGGUUGCAUCGAAUAUGGUAUCCCAGAAUGUCUGGUGGCAGACAGGGGGGCAUGUUUCAUGGCUGAAAAGACUCAGAAGUUCUUAGCUGAUUAUGGAAUCAAGUUUUUGCAUUCUAUUCCUUUUUAUGCUCAAUCGAAUGGCCAAGCAGAAGCUAGCAACUGGGUCAUUAUGUCUAUACUCAAACGAAUGUUGGAUGCAAAUCCGCGAUCUUGGCAUACAGAGUUGGAUCACACGUUAUGGGCUUAUAGAACUUCCAAACGCACUCCAACUGGUACUACACCUUAUGCCUUGAUGUAUGGACUAGAUGCAGUGCUUCCUAUUGAGAUUAAUGUUCAGUCACUGAGGGUUCGCGAGCAACACUAG